CGAGCUAGCCUCAUUUGUUUACAUAAGUGUUUCGAGCUGCUCUGUCUCAGUCAGGAAACCUCUGAUAUCUGCGUCUGUCCUUUAAACCGAUUCUCUUCCUACUGACUGGCUGCUGCUUAAAGACAUUUAUGUUGGACCAUUCACCUCAGCAAAUUAUAUUUUCUAGAAUGACAGCAGUCAAAUAAGAAGAGUGAUGAGUGACUUUGGGCCGGCAGAGCUGGUCGCAGGCCUCUGCCAUACAGACGAGGAGAAUCCUUUCCCUCUGUGGCAGAAUGGAAACGUCAGCCCCUGUUUCAACCAGCUCAUCCUCGGAGCCUUGCCUAACGCUGCAAUGGCAAUUUUCAGCGCCUGUUAUCUCAGCAUGGCAAGAUGCAGCCUCAUCCAGACGUCUUCUCCGUGUGGUUGGACGCUCAGGCUGGUGUCGGCUCUGCUGGCCGUGUUGCUCUUCAUUGCAGACGUGAUCCUGGUGAGUGUCCUCCAGCAGGGGGACAUGUAUCUGGACAUCCUGGCUGACAGCUGUGCCAUCCUUGCCUGGCUAGUCCACUUCAGUGCCAUAGCAGUACUCCAGAAGACAGCUUUCAGGAGAACCAGAGGGCCUCCAUUGCUGCCUUUCCUGGUUCUUCUUUUAGUCCCCAAUCUUGUCAUCACCUUGAUGAUUUAUUGUGACAACAAGGAUUAUUUAAACCUUACUGAACCUCUUAAACUGGCACGGUUUGCUCUUGUCGCAGCCCGGACGCUCCCUUUCCUGGUUUACCUCCUUGCGUUUGCUUUUCCCUGCAUCAGGGAUGCUGGGUACACCUUGUAUAUAAAUGCCAUGGACGGAUCGCCGCUCAUCUCCGAGAGCGCCCAACCAGACACAGGUGAGAUGGUGGCUGAGGACGGGAGCAGCUGUAUUUCCAGACUCUUCUACCUGUGGUUGACUCCACUGCUCAAACGAGGGCAGCGAGGGGAGCUGGAUAGACCAACUGAUGUGUAUCACCUUCCACGGAAACUUCGGACUAGUGUGGUUUGUCGACAUUUUCAUCAGUGCUGGGAAGCCUGUCGGCAAAGGGCAGCAGUCGGUGGCGGACAGGAUCAGUGGCCCAGGCCGGUCAGCAGGAACCUCCUGAAUGGCACGUGGAGUUCACACUACCAGGAGGAAUCACUGGAUCUGGAGGGUGAUGUAGGAUUACUGAGGGUGUUGCACAAGGCCUUUGGGUUGCGCUACUACAUCCUUGGUGUGCUGAAGGUGACGGUAAACAUGUCUAGCUUUGCAGGUCCCCUGCUCCUUAACAGUCUAGUGAACUUUAUGGAGGAAAAAGAUGCUCCAGUGAGCUGGGGUGUCUGGUGCGCCCUGGGACUCUUUGCCACAACCCUUCUGCGUUCCAUUCUCCAAAACAUCUUUGUCUUUGAGGUGUCCAAGGUGGAACUGUCAGCACGUGCUGCUCUUGUGUCCACCAUCUACGGGAAAGCCAUGCGGGUCAGCAGCUGCAGCCUGUCUGGCUUUACUCUGGGAGAGGUGGUGAACUUGAUGAGCACAGACACAGACCGCGUGGUCAACUUCUUCAAAAGUUUCCAUGAAGUAUGGAGUAUGCCCUUUCGGUUUUCCGUCACCCUCUACUUGAUGUAUCUGCAAGUCGGUGUUGCUUUCCUUGGAGGACUGGCCGUCGCUCUGGUGAUGAUACCGUUCAACAAGUUCAUUGCUACCCGCCUCCUCAGCAACAACAAACACAUGCUCAGAUGCAAAGAUAAUCGUGUUAAGUUAAUGACAGAGAUCCUAUUUGGCAUUCGUGUCAUCAAGUUCUACAACUGGGAGCCUCAUUUUACCCAGAAAGUUACUGAGAGUCGUAAAGAAGAGCUGUCUCACCUGAGGGCCAUGAAGUACCUGGAUGCUCUGUGUGUGUACACCUGGGCCGCACUGCCGGUGGUCAUCUCCAUCCUCACCUUUGUCACAUAUGUGUUGCUUGGACACCAGCUGACUGCAGCCAAGGUGUUCACCACACUGGCCCUGGUGGGAAUGUUGAUCAUCCCACUGAAUUCUUUCCCCUGGGUGCUCAACGGCGUCCUGGAGGCUAAAGUGUCUCUGGAACGAAUCCAGCGCUUCGUCAAGCUAACCAACCAGGAUUUGCGGGCGUACUAUGCCCUGGUGUCUCCUGAGGACAGUCAGACAUCGGUCCUAUUGAGCCAGGGGACGUUUUCUUGGCAGGGGCCCAACAGUUGUGACCAGAACAAAGAGGGAGAAACUGAAACUGGAGCUGCUAAAGGAAGUCUGCAGCUGCACAGUCUCAAUCUGCACAUAACCAAGGGCUCUCUGGUUGUUGUGGUGGGGAAGGUCGGCUGUGGAAAGAGUUCUUUACUGGCUGCUCUCACUGGAGAACUCAAUAGGCUAGGUGGAGUGCUCUAUGUGGCAGACAGAGAGUCUGGCUUUGGUCUGGCCUCUCAGGAGUCGUGGAUCCAGCAUGCAUCAGUGCGAGACAACAUCCUGUUUGGCAAAGACUAUGAGGCUGCCUUUUACCAGGCUGUGAUCGACGCCUGUGCGCUCUCAGACGACCUCAAUGUUUUGCCAAAUGGUGACAAGACAGAAGUGGGUGAGAAUGGAGUGACUCUGAGCGGAGGACAGAAAGCCCGGCUAGCCCUCGCCAGAGCUGUUUACAUGGUCAGUCCUGCACAACCCAGCCAUCUGCUUCGAGCUCAGAGAGAUGCACAAGAGGACAAAGACAUCUACCUCCUUGAUGAUCCAUUGGCAGCAGUUGAUGCAGACGUGGCUGAACACCUCAUGAAGAAAUGUAUCAUGGAGCUCCUCAGAGGAAAGACCAGGAUCCUUUGCACACACCGCAUAGAGUUUGUGGACAAAGCUGACAUGGUGGUCCUCAUGGACAAUGGAACGAUAAUCAAAACAGGCACACCAGCAGAGAUCCUUCCUCUGGUAGAGGCGGUGCCGAAAAAACGGAAGAAUGACCACAACAUGAAAGAAAAAGACGGUGUGGAGCAGGAUGAGGAGGAGCCUGGUUCACCCCCUGAUCUGUGUGUGGACAAUGAUCCUGACCUGUUGGGGUUGGAGCAGAAGCAGGUGGGCGUGUUGGCUUGGAGUGUUUACCGGACUUACUGGGUCGCUGUGGGCGGAGUGAUGGCCACCUCCAUCUUGAUGUCUCUGCUCCUCAUGCAAGCAACUAAGAAUGCGUCCGACUGGUGGCUGUCCCACUGGAUCUCGGAGUUAAAGAACAACGGUUCCACCAGUACUAAUGGUUCUUCUUCAGCUGUUCUCACUUCACCUCACAGUCUGCUUUUCUCACCUGGGGGACUAAUAUCUUCUCUGCCUUCUGUGCAAGCCUUCGUCUCCAGCAACAUGAGCACAGAUGUCAAGUUUUAUCUGACAGUCUACGGCUCCAUAGCAGUGGCCAACACCGUCUUCACUGCCCUGCGAGCCUUCCUGUUUGCCUAUGGAGUCAUCUGUGCCGCCUCUGUCAUCCACAACAGACUUCUGGAUCGAGUGCUUAAGGCCACAGUGUCCUUCUUCGACACCACCCCUUUGGGCCGCAUACUGAACCGUUUUUCCUCAGACUUGUACUGUGUGGACGACGGCCUGCCGUUCACCCUGAACAUCCUCUUGGCCAACAUUUUUGGCCUGCUGGGCAUGCUGGUGAUGAUAAGCUACGGCCUGCCCUGGGUGCUGGUUCUGCUGCUUCCUCUGGCUGUGGUCUAUCACCGCACACAGCACUUCUACAGACACACCUCUCGGGAGCUGAAGCGCCUUUGCAGCCUCACUCUGUCACCCAUCUACUCGCACUUCUCUGAGACGCUGACCGGCCUGGGAACCAUCCGGGCCAGCGGCAGCUCUGCCAGAUUUGAGGAGGAGAACGCCAGGCGUCUGGAGCAGAACCAGCGCUGCUUGUUCCUUAGCAAAGCAGCCAUGCAGUGGCUGAGCAUCCGCCUACAGCUGAUUGGUGUUGCUGUGGUAACAGGCCUUGCGGUGAUUGCUGUCAUUCAGCAUCAGUUUAAUUCUAUUGAUCCAGGUCUAGUGGGUUUGUCCCUAUCCUACGCUCUGUCCAUCACAAUACUGCUGUCUGGCCUCAUAUUUACCUUCACCGAGACUGAGAUGCAGCUGGUGAGUGUGGAGCGAACUGAGGAAUACUCCACUGGCCUGCCGAUCGAGUCCCAGCAUCAGAAUGCACAGCUGCCUCCUGCAUGGCCUAAGCAGGGCUGGUUGGAGUUUCGUGAUGUGGCUUUGACCUACAGGGAUGGACUUCCUAACGCGUUGGAUGGAGUGAGCCUAGUUGUACAACCUGGGGAGAAAAUAGGCAUCGUGGGCCGUACAGGCUCUGGCAAGUCCACCAUGUUCCUGGCACUGUUUCGUAUGGUGGAGCUCAACCAGGGUCAGAUUCUCCUGGAUCAGCUGGACAUUAGCACCGUGGGCUUGGCUCAACUGAGGUCGAGGUUGGCCAUUAUUCCUCAGGACCCAUUCGUGUUCAGCGGGACCAUCAGGGAAAAUCUGGACCCCUGUGGGCAACACCUGGAGCAGCAGCUGCUGGAUGUCCUGGACCAGUGUCACCUCAGCGCUGUGGUCAGCAGGAUGGGUGGUCUGGAUGCUGAGGUGGGGGAGAGAGGAAAAUCCUUCUCUGCAGGACAGAAGCAGCUGCUGUGUCUGGCCAGGGCUCUGCUGACACAAGCCAAGGUCCUGUGUAUUGAUGAAGCUACAGCCAGUGUGGAUCACAAGACAGACAAACUACUGCAACAGACUAUCAGAGAGAAGUUUCAGGACAAGACUGUCCUCACUAUUGCCCACAGGAUCACCACCAUCCUGGACUGUGAUCGGGUGCUGGUCAUGCAAGCUGGAAAGGUGGUGGAGUUUGAUACUCCUGCUGCUCUCUGCCAAACUGACAACUCCAUCUUCCACAGACUGCUUGGUGAUGGAACACAGUGAGAUCAAAGAAAGACACCUGAAAGAGGGAAUUUUUCAACAUCCGAAGAUAUAUUUUUUUUAUACUUUAUCCUGAACAUGUUUGCUGAGAACUCGCUGCCUUUUACAGCACCGUUCUGAUUCACCCACGUUUAGCACUUUUACAUUACAAACCCGAGGCACAGGUGAAGCAGAGAUGUGGCAGCUUGGACUCAGAGCUGAUGUAUGGGUUGCUUGAUAUGUUAUAUAGUGUUUAAUUGUCUCAAAGUAGAACAUUUUUAAUACUGAAACAGACAUGACAAUUUUAUUCUUCCCUGAAUUCCUGAAUUUUAGUCACUGUAGAGUAAAAAACUUCACUUCCCUUAAAGUUGUAGUAGGCAGUCUUUUCUUGGUCACCAUUAUACAAAAAAUCCAAACUAACCUUUCAGCUUAUUAAAAUUCAAGCAGUCUUAGAGGAAACUAAACUUUUGCAUUGACUCCAUUGUCAGGCUUUAGAAAAUGUAACAAGCAAUGUGGAACUUUGACCAGUCACAGGUCACCAAGGAGCAGCAGAAUCUGCACUGCUGGUUGGGCUGAUUAUGUGAAACAAACUUUUACCCAAGAGUUUGGUUCUAGUCCUCUGUGAAGCUUAAUAUUCUAAAGCACAAUUCUAUUUUGUGCUUUAGGUUUUUUUUUUCAUAUGGUCUUUUUAAAUUCUUUUCUGCCUACUGCAGCUUUAAAUGACUUUUUUGCCCGUUUCAUCUCAUUUUUGAAGCAUAUUUUUAACUAUGCAGCAAUACUUUUGCAUCACAUAUUUGUAUAAUUUAUUACUGCAUGUGUGUAACUGACAAACAACUACAUGGACUCAAUUGGUCCAUUAUCUUCCAUCUUUUAAGACCAAAUUAAUUGUUUUUGUUGAUGCGUUGGUUGAUGAGCCUCAUGUUUAUGUGCAUGAGUUUCCCUCUUCUUUUUUUACUGUUGCAUGCAGUAUGAAGGCAGUUUGGACGUACUAAUUUGUCACAGUGUUGCACCUUAAGCUUUGAUCACUUUGCUUGUACAUCCAUUGCAGUCCGUAGUGUGAAAUGAACAGCUCAGGUUUGUUUGUAGCCACACAGACGCUGUGACCGAUGUGGCAUAAUUUUCCACUGUGCAGAGGAUCAUGGGUCAUAACGGAAAAGAAAAGCGUGCUGGCUUGCAGACUGCUCAGUCCGACUGGAUGUAGAAGGACAUCCUGGUAAUUUAGGUGUUCUGCAUUUCCAGACUAAAUCGUCUUCUUGCAUACUACAUACCAUACUGCAUGGUAGCGUGCUACUGCAGUACACGCUGUCUUGCUGUUAAAGGGCUCUACUUUUCUUUCCCGGCCUGGUGUGCUGCCUGAUGGGAACUGUAGUCUGUAACUUGAAGGAACUUUAAUGUGAAAGGGAAAAAAAAUCUAAAAAUGUAUAUUUUCUGUUAGCUGAUACUCAAAAUUACAUUUGUCUUUGUUUUUUGUCAUUGUUUUUGUCUUGUUAAAUUUGAAGCCUGCUGUAAACACUUGGAAAACAAUUGCCACUGAAUGGAAACACAAACCUCAGCUUCUGUUUCUGAGAUUUUAUUAUGGCUCUUUAACAGUUGGCUCAUGCAGAAGACAUACCAGUGUACAGCAAAAUGAGAUCUCAUGUUCCAGCGACAUCUUGUAUAUUUGCAGUAUAUCCAUCCAUUCAGAGCAACAUUGAUUUUGGACAUAGUCUUCUGAUCCUGGAUCUGUUUAGCUGCAUGACACUAAACACGGUUAUCAUUAGUGUUGCAGGUCAGAGUGUGUUUCAUAAAAAUAGUGAGUCACUUUGUGUUCCUCAGGGAAACGGUUAACUUGAAUUCUGUACUUCUGUUGGUUAUACACAAUCCUGUAUGUCUGUUGACAGAAACCAUGACUCUUAAGGUAGACACACUACAUUGAUGGUAUUUAAUGACCCAGUGUUGGUGUUUGUUAGAUCUCUAUACUACAUCCAAAAAGAAAAAAACUGUCUUUUUUCAUUUUCUUUUUUAUUCUCAAGUUAUUUUGCAAGUUUUCUUUUCAAUGAAAAGCACAUUAGCUGUUUGAGCUCAUAAACAAAGUUGAUCAUCAUUAGCUACAUACAGAUUCUCUACAUGUUGUGAUCAUACUGAAGAAACAAAAGCAUGUUGUUCUAUAACUAGUGGUAAUAUUUUUAGUGAGCAUCUCUGUACUUUGUCAUAACAUUUUGUCAUUCUGCAAGUGGAGACAGAAAAAACCCUUGUGCAGUUAUGUUAGCACAUGAAUAAAAGUGUGAGUUUUCAUGGAAAGCAUGAAAUUGUCUGGGUGACCCCAAACUUUUGAACGGUCGUGUAUUUUCCCAGAGUUAAAUUAUUCAUAGAUCAGUACAAUACACACAUAUUAACAAGAAUAUUUGUUUAAAAGACAAAUUAAUUCGGCUACCUUUACAUUUUACUGUAAUAUAAUCCAAGAAAAGCAGCAACUUUUAACAGAGAACCCAAAGCCAUGAAAUGCUGCUUGAAUAAAGACUUGAACAACUGGUGGAUGAUCAAAAUCGUCAUGUGGGUUGAUUUAAUUGAUGAUUCAAGUGAUUCUUUCAGCUGUAAUGUUAAACUACGAAUCAUUUUUUAUACGCUGCUGGAGUUGGUACAUGUUCCUCUGUCAUACUGAACCAUGAGGGUCAUUGAUUGUGAUGAUGGAAAACAUAUUUACCGUGUUCAUGUGGGAACUUUGAUGGUUUCUUGUCAACAAUCUGUAGUUUAAGUGAUUUUUGUUAAUUGAGCUGUAAUUGAUUAUUAAAAACUGUCCAACUUUUUGAAAA